AUGAGCGCAGCAGUGACUGUGUCCGAAGGUGCCAGCAGGGAGAUGGAGGCCCUGUGCUCAGAGCUGCUCCUGCCCACGCCAGGAGAGGCAGGAGCUGUUGGAAGUCCUGGUGUGGCCAGCACUGGCCUGGCUGGUACCCCACCUCUGACUGCCAGCCAGGACUUGCUGCUGGCAGAGGCAUCGAUGCCAGGGGAAGGGGCUCAUGCUGAAGGAAGCAAUGUGGAAAUAUUCAUCGAGGCAGUGGCUGGCAACAUGACGCUGAGCAACACGACCAGUGCCACAGAGGUUCUGGUCAAAGUGGUGGAGCUGUAUUUCUGUGAGAGGUGUGGCCAGAGUUUCCCAGAGGCCUCUCUGCUGUCCCAGCAUCAGUGCCUGCUGCUGACCCCCCCGGGGCACCUGGAACUCCCUGGGGCACUGUUGGCUUCUGCCAGCAAGGGCGAGAGCGAGCCAGGGGGCUCAGAGCCACCCAGAGCCGGCCUGCAGGAGGGCUCUGCUCCCGAGUCCCUGCUGUGCCCUGUCUGCAGGGAGGUGUUCACACAGCCUGGCCAGCUCAAGGAGCACUUCAAGACGCACCGUGCCCCGCCGGGAGCCCUGCCCUGCCCCGAGAAGGGCUGCCACUUCACCACAGAGGACCGCAAGCAAUUGCGCAGCCACCUGCGCCACCUGCACGGGGCUUCCCCUGUGUCCUGCGCCUGCCGGGCCUGCCCACUGCUCUUCCCCAGCCGCCCAGCCAUGGAGCAGCACCAUCGCACACACUUCCCCUUCCACUGUGGCCAUUGCGACUUCAUCACCGCCAAUGCCAAGCUCUUCUGGCAGCACAGGAAGGGCCACACCACAGAGCCCCAUUCUGAGAUGGCUGCAACAGGCGGCACCCCCAGUUCAGACCCCCGUGGCCUUGAGCAGUGCUGCAUCUUGCCACCAGCAGCAGCAGAAAGGCAGGAGGAUGCAGGGAAUUGCCAUGCUGGCUGGGAAGCCAGCACAGAAGCCAGGCCAGCAAAGCCUGCAGGUACUGUGGACAGCUCCUUGAGGGGGCAGAAAGCAUCUGCUGGAGAAGACCACUCGGAUAGCAGUGGGGAUGAGUCGCUGGAAGAGGAUGGUGAGAGCCUCAGUGAAGCCAAGGCCAAAGAGGAUGGAAAGGCGACUUCUGAGAAAGCCAGAGUGCCACAGGCACAGCACUUCAAAGGUGAUGUUGCAGAGGGCUCUGAGUACCUCUACAAAACCCACAUGUGCCCCGAAUGCAAGCGAUGCUUCAAGAAGCGGACACACCUGGUGGAGCACCUCCACCUGCACUUCCCUGACCCCAGCCUGCAGUGCCCCAACUGCCACAAGUACUUCACCAGUAAAAGCAAGCUGAAAAUCCACAUGAUGCGGGAGACAGGUGAGAAGGCCCAUCGCUGCCCGCUCUGCCACUACAGCUCGGUGGAGAAGAAUGCUCUCAACCGCCACAUGGCCAGCAUGCAUGAGGAUAUCUCCAAUUUCUACUCUGAUGUUUACUCCUGCCCUGUCUGCGAAGAGAAGUUUCAGCUCAGCCAGGCCCUCAAAGAGCACUUGAAGACUCACAAAGCUGAACCCAAGAGGUUGAGCUGCUUCCAGGGUGGCUGCGACUACUGUGCAGAGGACCGGAAGGAGUUUGUCCGUCACCUCAAGGAUGCUCAUGGCAUCAAGGCAGUGGAGUGCAAAUAUCAUGCCUGCUCACUGCUCUUUGGCACAGCUGAGGCCAUGGAGGCUCACCGGAAAACCCACUAUGCCUUCCACUGCCAGCAGUGUGACUUCAUCUGCUCCAACAAGCACGUUUUCCGCAAGCACAAGAAGCAGGGGCACCCAGGCAGUGAGCAGCUCCAGUGCAGCUUCUGCCCCUAUGCCACUUUCAACCCUGUGGAGUUCCACGACCACGUGGGCAAGAUGCACGCCAAUGAGAAGAUUCACAAGUGCACCGAGUGUGCCUUCGCCACUGCCCACAAGCGGGUCCUCAUCCGGCACAUGCUGCUGCACACUGGCGAGAAACCUCACAAGUGUGAGAUCUGCGACUUCACAUGCCGAGAUGUGAGCUACCUGUCCAAGCACAUGCUGACCCACUCCAACGACAAGAACUUCAUGUGCACCGAGUGCGGGUACAUCACCAAGUGGAAGCAUUACCUGAAUGUCCACAUGCGCAAACACACUGGAGAUCUCCGGUACCAAUGCAACCAGUGCUCAUACCGGUGUCACCGUGCUGACCAGCUGAGCAGCCACAAGCUGCGGCACCAGGGCAAAAGUCUGAUCUGCGAGGUGUGUGGCUUCGCCUGCAAGCGCAAGUACGAGCUGCAGAAGCACAUGCAGGCGAAGCACUCACAGAACUACCAGGUGCCUGUCUUCCAGUGCCAGUACUGCACCUACCACAAUGCAACCAGUGCUCAUACCGGUUACAAUAACCACGAGAACUGCAAGCACACCAAGCAGAAGGAGUUUCGCUGUGCCCUCUGUUCAUACUGCACCUUCAGCAAUACCAGCCUCUUCUUCCACAAGCGCAAGAUUCAUGGCUAUGUUCCCGGUGACAAGGACUGGCUGGAAAACUAUGCCAGCAAGGAGCUGGAGAUCAGCUCAUCUGAGGCACUCUUUGGCUAUGAACUCAGUGCAGCCCUGCAUGUGGAUGCCAGCUCUCCCCUUGCUGGCAAGGAAGAGUGGGCAAAGGCAAAGCUGUCCCAGCUGGAGUCCCAGGGGGAAGAGGGCUACCAGCAAGUGUUCGUGGUGCCCCUCCUUGGGCAUGAUGUCACUCCAACAGAGAGCAGCGGUGCUGAGGGAGAAAGAGGUGUGGGUGAGGGGGAACAGAGCUGUCCCACUGCUGGCAAUGCCCUGGGAGAUGACUGUGUGCAAAGAGAUGCUGCCACAGGCUCAACUGAGCUUGCUGCUUCUGACAAUGUGGCAGAGAGCUGCACCUUGCAGUUGGAGGCACUGAAUGUCUCAUCUGACCCCCUCCUGGAGCACCUAACUGGAGAAGCCUGCGUGACACAGCCAGAGAGUGUGGAAAUGCUGUCCUGCAAGGAGCCUCCUGCAGCCUAUGAGUUGCUGGGCUCCCAGAAUGAUCUUGGCUUGGAGGACAAUGGCAAUACACUUGAAGAUACUCCAGACUUUGAGGAAGAGGAGGCAGAUGUACAGGAAGAUGAGGUGGUGAAACUGAAAGGCAGUGUAGUAGCAGGAGACAUCCAGGGAAAAGACACCCUAAGGCAGGCCACAGGCCACCUUGAGGGGUCGUGCUUGGACCACCACAAGCAGAUGACAGACACUGAGGUGAGAGGCACCAGCCAAGCCAAGCUCCCAGAGGCCUGGCUCAGCAUGCCAAAGACACCUGAGCAGGGCCACUCGCCUGUCCCACAGGACGUGGCCACCUCCAGUGACAAUGCCAGGGGUGGCUCGGAGUUGGUGCUGAAGGCUUUGCGGAAGCAGGACAAGGAGCAGGCAGAGACACUGGUGCUGGAGGGCAGGGUGCAGAUGCUGGUGGUGCAGUCAGAGAGCCAGAUCUUUAAGUGUGAGAAGUGCUCGUACAUCACACGGAAGGAAAAGUCUAUGUCCCUGCACUCCAAAGCUAGCUGUCAGAGCCGCCGGGCCCCACUCGUGUGCCAUAAGUGCGGUGCCAGCUUUAAGCAGCAAAGGGGUCUCAACACUCAUCUCCUCAAGAAGUGCCCAGUUCUCCUGAAGAACAAAGUCCUCAAACCAGCCAGUCAGGGGCCACCUGGAUUGUGCCAACCUGCUGACCAGCCUGGUGAUAAUGGUACAGAAACGGCAGAGAGUGAGAAGGGAGGCUCAGAGGAGUCCAGGCAUGCUGAGGGCCCUUGGGAAGCUGAACUGCUACCUGAUAAAAAACAGGCAGAAGGCAGUCCUUUGACUGGGGAACAGGCAUCAGGCUCUCUUGCCCCUGAGAAAUCACUGCUGGGUGACAGCACAGAGGUGGCAGAAGAGCCUCCCCAGCAAGGGGAUGGCACUGAGCCAGGGGGAGCUGCUGGUCCCUCCCAGCCUGGGAAACCCACAGAGAAAUACCGGCUGGAGGGAGGGAAGCUACACUGCAAUGCCUGCUCCUUCGUGUGCUCCCGUGUCUCCACAAUCACCUCCCACGUAGAGGAUGGCUGCCGGAGCCUGGAGCAGUUCUGGUGCUCCUUGUGCCCUGAAGCCUUCCACACCCGGCGGGGCCUCAGAAGCCACUGUGCUGAGAAACACAUUGUGCAUUCCAAGGAGGACAGACCUCAAAGCACCAAGCUCCAUGAUGGGGACCCAGCCACUGUUGAGACAGGCCAGUCCAGCAAGCUCCCGCUGGAUGCAGCCCCCACAAAAACCAUCCUGUCCAAGAGGAGGCGUUUCUCCUGCCCCACCUGCCCCUUCACCUGCCACCAGGAACGGGCCAUGAAGACACACAAGAAGAGGGGCUGCGUGACCCUGGGCGAGUUUCGCUGUGCCUCCUGCCCCUUCACCUCCAAGGUGGCCAAAGCCCUGCGGCUGCACCGCAGGCUGCACCGCAAGCACUACAGCAAGCGGCCACAGCUGCAGUGUCGGCAGUGUGAGUUCACUUGCAAGCAGGCCCGGUGCCUGCGGCAGCACAUCCGCAUCAAGCAUGAGGGGGUGAAGCCACACAAGUGCCGCUACUGUGAGUUCAGCACCACACGGCGCUACCGCCUGGAGGCACACCAGUCCCUGCACACUGGUGUGGGGCGCAUUGCCUGUGGCAUCUGCAGCCAGACUUUCGGCACUAACUCCAAGCUGCGCAUCCACCGCCUGCGGGUGCACGAGAAGACACCCACCCACUUCUGCCUGCUCUGUGACUACAGCAGCUACCUGCAGAAUGACAUCACCCGACAUGUCAACAGCUGCCACCGUGGCGAGCUCAACUUCUGCUGCUCCCGCUGUGAGGCUCGCUUCAGCUCUGAGACAGCCCUCAAGCAGCAUGUCCUGCGGCGGCAUGAGGAGAAGGUGUCCUAUGGCUGCCCACGCUGCGGCUUCAUGUGUCACAGCGAGGCCACGCUUAAGUGCCAUGUGCAGAAGCAGCACCCACACCUGGAGUGCAGCACCUGCAAGGAGACCUUUGCCACCCGUGAGGCUCUGGAGGAGCACAAGAAGCAGCAUUUCAGCCACCGCUGUGAGCUGUGCAGCUUUGCAGCCAAGGAGCGGCAGCAGCUGGUGCAGCAUUACAUGGAGAUCCAUGAGCCAGCUGCCCUCCAGGACAAACCCCUGCACUGCCCCUUCUGUGACUUUGCCUGCUGCCACCAGCUCGUCUUUGAUCAGCACAUGAAGGGCCAUGGGGGCACCCGCGUGUACAAGUGCUCAGACUGCGAGUACACCACAAAGAACAGGCAGAAGAUCACGUGGCACAUCCGCAUCCACACUGGCGAGAAGCCCUACAAGUGCCACCUCUGUAAAUACGCCUGUGCCGACCCCUCUCGUCUCAAGUAUCACAUGCGGAUCCACAAGGAGGAGCGGAAGUACCUCUGCCCAGACUGCGGCUACAAGUGCAAGUGGGUGAACCAGCUCAAGUACCACAUGACAAAGCACACGGGCCUGAAGCCAUACCGCUGUGACGAGUGUGAGUACUGCACCAACCGUGCAGAUGCCCUGCGGGUGCACAAGGAAACACGGCACCAGGAGGCUCGUUCCUUCAUCUGUGAGCAGUGUGGCAAGGCCUUCAAGACCCGCUUCCUCCUCAAGACCCACCUGAAGAAGCACAGCGAGGAGAAGCCCUAUGUCUGCAAUGCCUGUGGGCGGGCUUUCCGCUGGGCCGCCGGCCUGCGCCACCACUACCUGACCCACACCAACGAGCACCCCUUCUUCUGCCGCUACUGCCCCUACAAGGCCAAGCAGAAGUUCCAGGUCAUCAAACACAUCCAGAGGCAUCACCCUGAGCAUGGGUCUGGCGACCCUAGCCAAGGCGUGGGAAAGGACCCCAGCACACCCACCGUCCACCUUCAUGCUGUACAGAGGGAGAGUCAGGCCAAGGGGCCACCUGAGAUGGAGCAGGAAGGAAGGUGCCCCACAGAGAAGGAUGGUGCAUCGCAGUGAGGCCUGCUGCAGAGAUGUAUGUGUGUGUAUAGGCAUAUACGUAUAUGGGUUGUAAAAUAUGAGACUGUAUAAAAGGAAUUGCUCAACUC